CUUUGAUUGCCUCCUUUUCAUCUUCUUCAGCUUUGUGUCGGGAACAAAUCGAGCCUAACGAUCUCAGCUUCGUUAGUCUUCGUCGUUCUCAAAUAAACUGGAUUGAAAAAUCGGUCCGAGUCAUGGCGGAAUUGACUCAGGCCGAUCUGGUUUACUCACCUCGGUCGCUUCAACUGUGGACUGUUUUGGUGAACUGGCUCGAUUUUUUCUACCAAUCAUUUCUUAAAAUCCUCCGUGCAAUCUCUCGCCAUCCUCUACUCUCUACCUCUUCCUCGUCCUCUGCCAAGUCCAUCGCCGAUGGUUUUAAACCCUUGCCAGUCAUCGAGUUACCGGAGGUGGCGCCGGAAUCACCCGUCACCGUGGGAAUCGCUUCCACGAGAACCUCCAGCGAAGUCAAAUUCGGUAGUAUCCAGAGACUCACGGUAGUUCUCGACUUGGAUGAGACAUUAGUGAGUGCGUAUGAGACGUCCAGCUUACCUGCCACUUUACGUACACAAGCUAUUGAAGCUGGAUUGAAGAGUUUUGAGCUGGAGUGCAUAUCAUCAACCAAGGAAUGCAAUGGGGAGCCUAAAAUCAAUUAUGUUACAGUGUUUGAGCGUCCAGGGUUGCACGAAUUCUUAGAGCAACUCAGCCAGUUUGCAAAUCUCAUUCUUUUUACCGCUGGUCUCGAAGAUUAUGCAAGGCCGCUUGUGGACAUAAUAGAUACCAAGCAUGUGUUAGACGACAGGCUUUAUCGACCUUGUACUGUCAGCACGCAAUAUCGAGAUCACGUGAAGGAUCUGUUAUGCGCAUCAAAGAAUAUGUGUAGGACAGUUAUAGUGGACAACAAUCCUUACAGUUUUCUAUUACAACCUCUAAACGGGAUUCCAUGUGUUCCGUUCACCGCAGAACAGCCAAAUGAUACUCAGCUGCUGGACAUUAUUCUUCCACUUCUUAAGCAACUCUCAGAGGAAGAAGAUGUAAGAUCAGCUCUUUACGAUAGAUUUCACAUGCCUGAAUGGUUUGAAAAGCAAGGCAUACCAAGGUCAUGCUGGACAUCAUCAUCAUCAUCAUCAUCAUCAUCACAAGUCCCUGGAUCCAGAUAGUUGGAAUCUCUCAUAGCUCACAGUAAUGGAAAGUGUUAUUAUUGGACCUGACUGUGUUUUGAUGUUUUUGGAAUGAAAAUUCAAAGUCAAAGUCCGAUCCGGUGUUACAUACUGAUAUG